AGGAGGAGAAACAGAAACAGGAGAUACCCACAGACAGACAGCGGGAGACCAUCAGUCUCACGGCAGCACGGGAGGAGCGGAGAGACGCAGCCAUAACACGGACGGACCUCAUUAUCAUUUUUUGGAGUAAACACGUUUUCGUCAUCAGCGGCCAUCAGCUUAUUACGCACAUUCCUCAGCAGGAUUUGCGCUUUUUUAUUAUUAUUAUUUUAAAUUCCGGAACAUUUCGCUGCUGAUUAAAAGACAAAUUCCUGCACAUGAGAUUAAAGCUUUACAGUGAUGCGACUGCUGAAGUGUUUUAUCUGAAAUUCGUUAUCUAGUAAGAAAAAAAAAAACAAAAAAAAACAAAUGGAAGAGCAGAUCUCCAAACCGGAAUCCAGGAACAUGGACGCGUGUCUGAGAAGACUCAAGCAAGAACUGCUCUCUAUGAGAGAAGCUGGAGAUGGCCUCCACGCUCAGAUGAAUUCAAUGAUGGGAGCUCUUCAAGAACUCAAGCUCCUUCAGGUCCAGACAGCGCUGGAAAGCCUAGACAUAUCAGGACGCCCGAUUAAUAGGGGAAUCCCACAUCCUGCUUCAACUGCCCCCCUCCUCCAAUCAGCUGCAGCAGCUUCGGUUCCAAGUGAAGAGCACGAGUCCGUCCUGAGACAAACCCUGCCAGAGAAGUCCAGCGCCAGCCUAGCGCCAAGUCCGAGGCUGUCCCUGGACAGCCGAACUUCCUUAAGUAGGGACGAUCAGACCUCGUCAAGGAACAGAAGCAGCAUGGGAACCUUCUCCUCUUCAGCUUCCAGUCUGGAAAGUGAGAGUGAGAGCGAAAGUGGAGGAAGUGGAACAAGUACGAGAAGUGAAAACAAUAUUGCGUCAAUACCCAAGAGGUGGUCUGGCUACACUGCCCCUCAGGUAGACUUUUAUGGACCAAUGGUGGGAAACCCACCACCAGAGCCAUACCCUCAUUCCCAGGCUCCUCGCCAGGCACAGGUGGUGGAUCUGCCGGGGAUCCUGUACAGCCUCUCCAGAGAGGGACCUUCCUUGGACAGCGACUAUUCCCAGGACAGCGCAGACGAUGCGAGCGACUGGACAUCCUCUCUCAUGAGCCGCAGCCGCAACCGUCAGCCCCUGGUGCUGGGGGACAAUGUUUUUGCAGACCUCGUAGGCAACUGGCUUGACCUGCCUGAGGUGGAGAGAGAGGACGGAGAAGAAGAGGCGAGGAGGAAGAGGAGAGAGGAAAGGACGGUGGAAGGAGGCGAGGACAGGCCGGACACACCUGCCCACCCUCUCCGCCUCAGCCGCUCCCAGGAGAUCUGCAGGAAGUUCUCGCUCACCACGAACAUCUUCAAGAAGUUCCUGCGCAGCGUCCGGCCCGACAGGGACAAGCUUCUCAAAGAGAGGCCUGGCUGGAUGGCUCCCGAGCUGCCUGAGGGUGACCUCUUCAAAAGGCCCAAGAAAGCGGCUCCUAAAGUUUCAAAGGGCAGCUUUUAUCUGCCCUUCUGGGCCAACGGACAGCAGGGCAAAGGCAGGCCGUGUCCGCACCUAGCCGAGGCGGAAAGGAAACAGCAACAGUAUCAGCCCUUCCCCCAGUUCUACCAGCAACCAUUCACAGGAAUUUAUUUAGACCGGAGGCAGCCAGACAUGGGUCUGGAGAAAAGGCAACCCUUGUUUGACUAUAACACAGCUGUGUGGGUCUAACAGUGGGUCUCGAGCCAAAAGGCUGCCAGUGUUGCCAGACUGACUUUGGGACAGGUGCUGGGGGGUGGGGGGUACGGGUGGCUGUGAUUGAAGGGAGUGAAUGAACAGAUGAAUAAGAGGCUGGGGUAUAAUUAUAUCUUUCAGAAAUGAACUGGUACUCUUCCAGCGCUUCCAGCACAUGUUCCUCCUACAACUGAGAGAAUAUCAGGGCAACGUUUCGCAUGACAAUCCGAGAACCUUGUACUCUGUGAGUGACUGAAAAUGUGCUGCAGUGUGACUGAGUCUUUUUCAGAGCUUGUGCUCAAGUUUUGUAUUUUUCUGAUGUCUUCACACACGUGCAUGUACGGUCGGAUCGUCUGGUUGUCACCAAACACGGUACUUUGACACAGGCGUCCUUCUCAGAACGUCACCAGAAACUUUAUAAAAGCCACAGCAGAACAUUUUUCAUUGUUGCAGUACCGGACGUGACUCACGUCGCUGCUAUGAAUAGCAGCGGCCAGGAGUCAAAUUGUAUUGUUAGCGUUUUCAUACGUGAGGCUGUUGACAAGCUUCAACUGAAUGCACUGCCGCUAAAACAGCGUUGUUCUGCUCCCAAAAAGGCUCUGGUGGUCAGGUUUAACCGGACCAGCCUCGUUCACCCUGCUCAGGAAAUAAAAAACAACAGGAGAAAACACAAACACUGCCACGUUUCAAUCAAUCUCAAAUGUAAUUUGUUAGAUUCAACUUUCUUCUGACUGACAAUAUUGUACAUGUUCAAAUCAAAGCCUGCACUAAACGAAUGCUCUUGAGCUUGGUUUCAUAAUAGACAGAAUCGUUUUAUUUCUUUUCUGCCUUGAUGGCGGUGUUGUUUCAGAGAAAGGGGAAGGAUGGGGGGGAGGGGGAGGAUGGCAUAGCCAAUUGUGAAUAAGGCCUAACCGGCAGCCAUCUGUCUCGUUACUGAAAGCAUGUCUGAAGCUUGAAAAAGUUGCAGAACAAGCUUGUUUAAUCCCAAAGCUUUAUGAAUGAACGGGGAUGAUGAUGAUGAUGAUGAUGGAGGCGUUACAUACUGUGUGCACACAGGACUGUGACAGAGCUGAAAUAACAGAUGGUUGUAAAAAAAUAAAAUAAUAAUAAUAAAGAAAAUGACCAGCAGACAAUAAGGCGAGGUGAGGUUAACAAACCCGAUGUAUAAAACUUUGUACAUAUCCGUGACCAACCAAACAGCAGCAAUAAAGAAGCAUUUACUGUGAUGUUGCAUUGCAUGAUUUUCAUUACUCUGUGCAGAUAUGAAUAUUUAAAAUAACACUAACAACAGUACAUGUAAGGAAUGUCACAAUAAUUGGAUUCACACACAUAAGUAUGUCCGUUUUUAUUGAUUUCUUCUGCGAUGAACAGCGACAACAGCUUCUUUUCACAACCUCCACCGCUCAGGAUUACAGACAACACUGCCCACCCUUACUUCACAACUCUGAUUAGAAUGGAGGACCACCGUUAUGCAAAGACAUUCUGAUGCUCUCUGCUUAUUGUGGAAGAAGAAUAUUUCAUUUUGCUGCGUUUUAAAUGGGGUAACAGACCAACCCACUCAGCCAGCAGGGAUUAGGCCUCAGAGGCCUUUUGAGUUAGAAGAUCCAUAUGGCGUACAGUCUCAGUAUUCAGGUCAAUACAUUCUGCACAUUCAGAGGGUCGAGCACUCACUGGGACACACACGGAUUCAGCUCACAGUCGCAUCCCAAGGUGCAGCAAGUCUGAGAUGUAAAAUCGCUCGGUUUGUCUUUGUAAAGGGAACCUCUGUUUCUUCUUUGUAAAAUGUUCUUACGUUUCUUUGCAAUGUCGUUGAUAUUUUUUACCGGAGUUCUGCGAACCGUUUCUAGUGUUUUAUGCUUCCUGUGUGCUGUAAAUCUGUCACUGAUUUUCAUAAAAAUAAAUCUGUUUUGCAAAAGGGAA